AUGCACCUGACCACGUACCAGAGGCCGGACUUCAAGCCAUUGCUGAAUAUCUGUCGGGGGCUCGGCGGCGCCUGGUCUGCCGGCAAGCCCGUCGACUGGCCCAACAAGUCUGCCGUCGACAGCUGGCCGCCAGAUGCAGAUGCGGCGGCACCGUUGAGCCCGCCUACUAAUAGCGACGCGGCAUUGUCUACCAGGAAAGAAGACGCCACCGGGGUAGAAUCCUCACAGCUGCUGGAACUUCCUUCGGAUGCGAUACUGUUGAUUUACGAUCAGCUGGACUCUCCCGAGGCGCUGAGCCUGUCACUCACAUGCAAGAGCCUUUAUCGUCUGUGCUUCUCCAAGUAUUACACCGGCACGCUGCCGCAGGAGGACCGCAAACGAUUUCUCCUGCUUCUGGAGAAGGACCCCCGGCUGGGACGCGGCGUCUUUUAUUGCUACCCAUGCAAUUCGCUUCACAAGUUUGAGCAGCACUGGGGCCCGCACUCGAAUCUGCGUUCGGGCGGUGAAGACGGUGUUGCCCAAGGGGAGCAAGGGGGAGAGGAGCAGGGCAGCAGCAGCAGCAGACAGGACUGCGACAACAAGGACCGCUUCUCCCCGAUCGGCAACCGCUUCAACCUCUCCUACACCCUGGCGCGUCUCGUCAUGAACUCCCACCUCUACGGGCCGAGCCACGGCAUCCCCCUGCGCAACAUCUGCGUCAGCCACACCGCGGAGCGUGACGUCCUGCGCAUCCGCUGCACGACGGACGCGCGGAUCCGCGACGGCGAGCUGCUCCUCCUGCGCACGUACGCCUUCUCCGUCGCGCGCGGCAGCGUCGACGAGUUCCGCAGGUGCACCGGCGCGCGCGACUUCAGGCUAUGCCAGCACAUGCCGCUGCUGUCGGGCAGCUCCGCGUACAGGCAGCAUAUCGCGGAGCUGCAGCGCAGGCCGCCGCCGCGGCAGGCCGGCGAGGAGUCGGCUGGUUCGGGGCUGGUGCCGUGCGAGGACUCGCAGGGGUCGUGCGGGAUAUGCCUGAUGGACUACGACAUCACCAUUGCGGAGGCCUCGGGGGACGGGAACCGGGAUGGUGAUGGUAAUGGUGAUAAUGGUGCGGCGGCAGCAUGGGACGUGAGCAUCAGGGCGUACCACCAGCUCGGCGCGUGCCGCUCCCCUGACGACUGGAAGUGGGCGCGCUUCACCGAGGCGGUCCGCCCGCAUCUGUUCUUCCCCAAUAGGCCGAACCGGCGAGGCUCGACGCUGGGUGCGAGGGCCGUCAAGGAGCGAUGGUUUGGCCUAGACCAGGGCGAAGGGGAUGGACGUGUCGCUCCACCGAAGACGAUAACGACAACAGCAACGAGCCAGAACGAUUUGUCGCUCGCGCUGCCAUCGUGCUUGUGGCGAGGCGCAAGCCCUCUGGCCGAAGCCCCGGCCUGA